CGUGCCGUACUUGAAUGCAGCAGGAGUCCUUCAAGUCUCCCUUCAGCACCAGGAACAGGGGGCCAGCCUGCAGAGCUCUUCCGGAGGCGGAUAAUCCCCGAGCCUGCGCGCAGUCGGGAAGGGAUUGGUACAGCUCACCCUCAGGAAAACACAUUUAUGCAAGGAACGAGUUAGAGAGCAGCUCGAACGAGCAGGGAAAUGGAUAUUUGCGUGCUGUCUUUGCCUCGUAAAUACGCAGAAUCUGACUGACACUUUUUUGUGUGACAGCUGUUGUUGCGUUUCAUCAAACUGGGAGAAAACCCUUAGAAGCCCCUUCUGUUUUCUUUCUUUCCGUCUCUCUCCUCUCACGUUCGCAUCAUUUCAGCACCACGAUGGUGUCUUUCAACCUGGGAUUGACUCUUCUCGCCGCGGCUCUCUGGAGGGUCAAUGGCGAACCGCUGACCCCUUCAUCUGCGACGCAGCUAAACUCAACAUCCUCAUCCUCACUGUCAUCCACCGACAGCCUGGAGGACCCGAGGAAGAACUCCACGGAUGCUGCUGCCACGGGGUCCCGGCUUUCGCCUCUGAUGGAGCAUCUUCCAACUCUGAAAAAUAUUGUCAUUUUCAUCUGCGUGCUAACAGCUGCUCUCAUCACAUGCCUGGUCAUCAAAAUCGUCAGAUCUGGCAGGCGAAUCAGGAAAACACGAAAAUACGACAUUAUAACAACCCCCGCUGAGCGCGUGGAGAUGGCCCCCCUCAAUGAGGAGAAUGAUGAGGAAGAUGAUUCAACCCUGUUUGAUGUUAAAUACAGGUGAAUUCCUCGACAUUUUGGCAACUUCUGCUCGGUUCGCCAUCUCAAAAGGUUUCCUGUGUCGUUGUGUCGCCAUCCAAGUCCUACCAAUGAGCCAUGCUGCUUGUGCGUGGCUUCAGAAAAAUGGACGGCGCCGUUCAGAUGCCAUUGUCUGCCAUUCUAGGAAACCCCUAUCAUGUGAUCAAACCUGCAUGGUUAUAUUUUUGUGUGUUUAAACUGGAGACUCGGUGACGACAGUCAACAAACUGUUAUGUAUGUCUAGAUCUAAAGGAUUCAUACCAAAAAAUAUAUUUUUUUACAGCUAAGAGCAUUGAAUUAGCAGCCAAAGCCUGCCAGUAUGCUUUUAUUAUCAGAAAGAGUUUAUUAACGCACAAGGAAGAGUUGAAGAAAUUGUUGAGCAACAAAAAUUCUGCAGAAAUGUACUAAUUUGUUUUUACCAAAACAAAAAACCCCUUUCUUUUUAAUCAUGUUGCCGUGCAUAUUUAAUGCAUUUAUACAGUUAGUAUGUAUAUUUUUGUAAUCAUAUGUUCAGAUUGAGUCUUAUUUUGCUGCUAUCUUCGCUGACCUUUCUUCUGGAGUUGAACUUAGAUCUCAGAACCAAUCAGGAUGUAUUUAUGGCGCGGAUUUAGUGUGCGCCCUGAAUGUGAAUGCUGUCUUCUGUUAUCAGGCGUGGCGAAUUUGAGAGAAUUAAAUUUCAAUUCUAUCCUACUACUGAACUAUAUCAUCAACAGCAGCAGCAGCUGCAGCCCAAACAUCUGCACCGGUUUAACUAGAACCGCACGAACCCGUGUUUUGGUUUUUGGAGCAAAACAGAGUCACAUUUCUCCGUUAAUGUUCUACAAUUUUAUGUAUAUCUUGUGUAAUGUAAUCCUGGCAAUAUAAAGUCCCCCUUGUUUAUGGGUAACUGUGUUACAUGUACUAUCAUGUAGUUGGAGCCUUAAAAAGGAUCAGCAGCAGAGGCUAUCCGAGGAUGAAUGAUUUAACUACUAUUAAAUAGAUUCUUUUUUUUUUAUCUCUUUUAUCCAUUUCUGUCUAGAAAAAGUAACAAAAUAGAUGCAAGUUAGAUUUUUGCAUAUGUAUUUUUAGGUCACCUUCAUGUUACUUGAUACAUGCUCCACGGGUGCAGCGGAUGACCUUCAUCCUCAGCCAAGCGUGAAAAACAGAACCUGCUGUGUUAAAACGCGUAUUUCUGCUCAGGAUUAAAACAACCAACAUUUUUCCCUAUACUAUAAAUCACAGACGUAAACAUUUUCAGAUGACUAAAUGUGUUUAUUGUCUUUUAACAUACAGAAUAUGUGUAUGAACGGCUGAAAAAAGCCACUUUUUUUUGUAAGUCAAAAGUAUUUUUGUAUGCAUUGGUAGUACAAGUUUAACAGAUUUGCUUCUAUUUAACAGUUUGCAUGAUAUCUAUUGACAGAAAUCAGUAGAUGAUGAAACCACAUCUUUAAGCAUAAAAAUGAAUAGAAAAAAACUAAUAAAAUUUGUACUAAAAUGUUGUUUUAAAGGA